UCAUGUUGUCUUUUCUAUUGAAUACUAUAAAUAGAAUUGUAAGCCGAAGACCUAGUGUAUCAAUUCCUAAGUUCCAGGAAAAGUGUUAAGCGUCAAUAUUUUUAGCCUGCUUCGCCAAUGGCCAGUUUUAAGGGAGACGACAAUUCUUCUUCUAUUCCAGAUAGAUCUCUCAACCUCUGGGAUGAUGAUUUUGUCCAAUCUAUGGAAACACCAUAUGGGGGAUCUGAAUACCGAGAACGUCUGGAAACUCUGGUGAAAGAAGAGAAAAUCUUGUUAAAAGAAAUGAAGACAGGAUUAGACGGCGAUCUGAUCGAGCGGCUUGAGAUGGUUGACGCAUUGCAAUGCCUCGGAAUAGAUCGAUAUUGUCAGGCUGAGAUAAAAGCAGCUCUUGGUAUAGGAUUAGGAUCUGGAAGUGUUACGAAGAAUUUGAAUGCUACAGCUUUAGGACUUAGACUUCUCAGGCUUCAUCAUUAUGAUGUAUCUGCAGAUGUGUUGGAGGAUUUCAAAGACAAAAGUGGGCAGUUCUUUUUCUCGGAAGGAAAUAAUGAUAAUAAUCAGAACGUCAUUGUAGAUGAACAUGGAAUGGGAAGUAUUCUCAAUCUGUUUAGAGCUUCAAUGGUGGCAUUUCUACGAGAAAAAGUUAUGGAAGAAGCUAAAAUAUUUAGCUCAACAUAUCUUAGGCAAAUAUUAGAAAAACUUGAAAACACAUAAGAAAAGUUUUCUGAAACAGGUAAUAAUUUUUCAAUUUGAAAAAAAAAUGAAUUAUUAUAUUAAGAACGUUCUUAAAACACCCCUUAGUGGAUAUUUAUUAAAUUUUAUCAUUUCAAUUUUAUAGGUGGAAUAUGCACUCUUGUAUGAAUGGACUCGUACUUUUUCUAGAUGGGAGGCACUAAAUUUCAUUGAAAUAUAUGAAGAGGAAAAUUUGAAGUAAGAGUUACAAAUAUUUUAUCAAUGUUUUUUCCAACUUUUCGAGUAAAAAUAGAUUUUAAACUUCUUUAAGCUAAUUAAGGGAUUUUCAUUUUUCAGGUUAAAGGAUAGCAAGAUUAUUGAAUUGGCAAAAUUAGAUUUCAAUAUAUUACAAUUUGUGUACAAGAUGGAGAUGAAAAAAGUCUCUAGGUAAUUAUCACCAUCAAAAAAAUUAAAUAACACUUUUUUUUAAAAAUGAUAUAUUUAAAUAAUAUCAAAACAACAAAAACAAUUAAUAAUGAAAAUUUUAUAGAUAUUUAUGCAAAUAUUUAAUGUUUGAUCUAAUCAUAAAUUAAAUGGUUGAUUACUUUGUUUAUAUAUUUAAAUAGAUUCAAACAAGAUUUAUCAUGCAUUGAGAACUAUUAAUUUAAAACAUUUGUAUUAUGUUUAAGAACAUGGAUACAGUUAAAAGAAAAAAAAAAAAUUUUUGAACCUAUCAAUUUUCGAAUUUGUUAUUAAAAAGAAGGUAAUAAUUUGAUUUAUUUUUAUGACAGUUGGUGGGCAGAAUGUGGGAUCAUGAAAUGGAUUUCAAUUAGACAAUGUCCAAUGGAAUAUUAUUUGUUAGGACUUAGUGCUAUAGAUGAAGAGGAAUUUUACAGUAGUACAAUGGCUUUUACCAAAUCAACAACACUUCUUUCUUUAAUGGACGAUCUUCUUGAUGAUUACUUAAUAUUUGAGCAAGUUGAACUUGUUGUUAAGGCUAUUACUCAAGGUUGGGAUAUUUCUAUUGUACAAGAUAUUCCAACUAAUUUCAAGAGAAUUCUAGAAUUUAUUUUUCUAAUAGUACAUGAAUUGGCAAAUGAGGCAACUGAAAAGCAAGGAUGUGACAUGAUGCCAUUUAUUACAAAAGCAGUAAGUAUACUUUUCUAAACUAUAAGUUUUUUAUUUGCUUCUUUUUUUU